AUGAAAGAGCACGGUAAAGAAAGCGGCUCGGUGACCGUGAGGAGCGCUUUAGAGAGAGAAAAAACGAAGAUGAGAGAGAGGCAACGACGGUCCAUCACCACCAAUAUCUUCCACGGCCUCCGCAAGCACGGCGGCUACCGACUCUCCCCACGCGCAGAUAUUAAUGAAGUCCUCCGCCACCUCGCCCAGGAAGCCGGUUGGAUAAUCGAACCUGACGGCACCACUUUCCGCUCCCCCACCUUUUCUAACGGGAGCAAUAUUGCUUGCCCGAUGUGCGGCGUGGAGAGAAAGAGUGCUCUGCCUACGCCCAGCAGCAGCUACCUCGGCGGCGGAGACUGCUCAACCACCGCGUCGCCCCACCGUGACUCCGCCGUCGACAACAUUUCCUCCGGCGAGAUUCCGGCGGGGAGCACCAUGGCCUCGAACGAGGGGCUCGUGGCAAUGUAUAUGUGCGGAGGUGCGCCACCAAACGGUGGCGGUGCAUUGGAAUUGAACACGGCCGAUAUUUAA